UUCAGUGAUUCGUUUUGGUGCUUUGGAAACGGGAAAAGGUAAUUCUUUCGAGGUACGGAAUAAAUACAGUGCUACGUGGACGGUGCUAGUUUCGCUCAGGUGCACGUCAGUUUAGUGAAAGAAAUCGGGUUUAUCAGCCCCGUGUACGCUAUCGCAUACGAUAGAGCGCAAGCAGUUCAGCAUUCCAGUGGUGGGGGUGGAAUUUCAUCCAGAAAUUAUUAUCGGUAUCGGUACGGGGAGGGGGCGGUGAUACGGUAAUGUCCGGCCAUCAAUACGUACCGAACCCAGCGAACCUGUUUACGGACGAGGACGAAAUUGACGAUGAGCUAUUCCUGAGGAACGCCCGUCGAAACGACGGCUAUCUGCCCGCAGACGAUAAGUAUGGCAUGUCGAAGGUGACGGGGGCCACAUACACACGCCCGGAUGUGCUAGGCCCUACGGCAGGAUAUGAUGGUAGCGGGCUUGGGGGAUACGCGGGGAGCAGCGGUAGUGCGGGGGGCAGUGUCGUUAGCGUUGGACCCGGCGGGUACGUGAUGGAUAUGCCGGCGGCCGCGUACGGUGGUUACGGUGCAGGUGUUGUUCCUACCAAGCCGCUGGUGUACGGCAGUGCGGCGAACAUGUAUUCGAGCCUCGGUCCGGAAGCGGCCGAUGUUGCGGUGGACGAUGAAAUCGCUCGGCAGCGACAAACGUUCGAGCAGCGGCGCCGGGAGCUGGAGGAAAGUACGCUGCUCACGUCGCAACGGUGCCUUGGGGUGUUACGCGAAACGGAGCAGGUCGGUAUUGCGACGGCCGAGGAGUUGCAUCGCCAGCGGGAGCAGCUGGAAAAGACCAAGAAGCAGCUGGACGAGAUUAACAACUCGCUCCGGUUCAGCCAGAAGCAUCUGAACAGUCUGAAGAGCGUGUUUGGCGGGUUGAAGAACUAUCUAUCCGGCAGGAUGGUGGCGGGCGGUGGUGGCAGUGGCUCCAUCGGCGCGGGAGGGAGCGUUCAUGGCGGUGAGCACGGUGUGGUGACGACGGCCGGUGGUAUACCGCGGCAGAACAUAUCAUCUCCGACGCCGACCGAGGAGGACGAUCUGUAUCCGAACCCGCAGGAUUUCCGCAUUGCGGACCCGUACUGGACAGCGGACCAAUCACCGGUACCACCGCCCCAGGGGGUGGCCGGCGACUACCAUCAUCACCAUCAUCCCCAUCAUCCUCAUCAUCCGCAGCAGCAGCAGCAGCAGCAACAGCAACACCACCAUCAACAGCAGCAGUUGGCCAAUGGUGGUGGCAAUGCCGGCGGUGGCUUUAGCCACCAGCUGGACCAAAACCUGGACGAAAUGCGGGGCAAUCUGUCGCGGUUGAAGAACUUGGCCUUGGACUUGAAUCAGGAAAUCGACAGCCAGAACGAUCUGAUCGAUGACAUCUCGGACCGGGUCGAGGAUGUGGACGUGAAGAUCGGCAAGCAGAACAAAGACAUGAACCGGCUGAUGCGGAAGUAAAGGUAAACUUGUACAUCGAAUUCGAGGGGCAGGGUCUCCGUGGGUCGCCGUGGGCGGCACGGAAAGCAACAAAAAAAAAGAACCUACCAUUUAUGGACGAUAUUAUUAUUAGUUACAAAUGGCGGUUGUCGGGGGACCCGCACUGACUGACCAGACACGGUCGAAUGUCGUUAAAUUGCUAUCAUUGUUGGAGCCAUAGUGUGUGGGCAUUGGGUGUUCUGUGUACAGUAUUUACAAUCGCAAACAAACAAACAAAAAAAAAACACGAACUAGCAAUCUGUCCCGUCCCGCAUCACGGGGACCGGGAAACAAAAGCAACCAUAAAUGCAGGGCAAACAAACAAGCAGUGUUAUCACCGAUUGCAAGAUUGAACUUUAGGGACGGAUGGUUUAUUAUCCUUUUAGUUUAGAAGUAGAUUGCGUUUCACCGUUUUAAAAGCUAUAGCGCUCUACUAAGGCUGUUUAAUUAGUUUCGGAUGUAAUAUGACGAGAAGGAUUUUUAGUUAAUUAUAGAAAUUUGUAUAAUCGAGUAUAUACGACUACGAGGAAAAUUUACAUACAUUUCAUAUUACUUUCGUAGUGUAUUUUUCCUAUCGGUAAGAACGUUUUCUCCUCCGAUUAAAUCGUAUCGGCGAAGCACAUCACAAACCCCGUUGUGUUCCACUUGAUGAUCCAGUUUCAAUACCCGGGAAUUGUACGUGUGGAAGGAAUGGAAUAAGGACAGAACAGAAAGUUACAAGUAUAUUCUACUCACGUGCAUGAACGUUAUACAUACAAAAUAUAUGAUACAUCUCAAUGCAACACAACCCAAGCAACAAAAAAAAACGCUACCAAGUAAAAUCCAUCAACAUUAUAUUCUACCAAAUCGAUAUAUGUAAAUAAUCAAACAGCCAGAGAAUGGUAAUGAUUCCUUCAUCUUUCUACACUGUGUGGUGUCUGUGGCCGGCGAAUUUGCGGUGCCGCGCUCACUGUCUUUAGACUGUUUGUUCACUAACGAAUGUUCCGUUUCAAUCUUGUGGCACACGAUAGAACUUCUUCAACUUGCUUGCUACUCCUUAGGUACGAACGAACGGACGUUUGGCAGCAAGAAGAUCGUUCAUAGUCGCGCAGGAUAGGCAAAACCAAACUACUAACCCCGAAAACGAACGCAUGAUGUAACGUAACCCGAUGUCUUAAAAUCAGAUUCCUACUCUUAAAUCCAACUCUAAAACCAAACAAAAAAAAGCAUUCUAAAAACAUUCUGACACACUCUUCCUUCUUUCCUUCAUCACCUUUGAUACCUUUAAUUGAUCGUAAGAAGCAAACAAAAAAAUCACACAACCACACACAAAAUUACACAUACGAUGAUGAUAUUGUUAGAUAAUCUGAUUGAAAUGGUAAUGAUAGAGCAGCAAAUAAUACAAAAUAUUAAAAAUGUACACGGAAGGAAUUAGAUAGACAGCAACAGCAACAGCCACCAGGUGAUCAACCGCACCGUGGUCUAGGCACUAGCUUUAGAGAAUGCAAUCAGGUUGCAAGCGGAGCAAAACAAACGUUAAUGCAAAAUAAGAAGUAUCAUACAAACAAACAAAACUGAAAAACUAAACCAAAAAAAAAACAACAAAUCAUAUACAAAACCAUAUAUUUGUAAGCGAGAGCCCAAGAAGGAACCCAACGGAGUCCGGCAG